GAGAGAGAGAGAGAGAGGAGGGCUGGUGUUAGACAGGUAGACAGGGUUAAACCAGCCGGUACUGCUGCCAAGGUAACACACAGUCAGCCCUGUCAAACAAGACGGAGAGAAAGGAAUUGGAGACGCUGAAGCAGCAUGGAUUUAUCAGCAGGUCAGGAGUGGUACGGCAGCCCAGCUGACACAUCAGAGCUGCGCCUGAUCCUGGUGGGCAACAUUGGCUGUGGUAAAACCCUGACAGCAGACACUCUCCUGGGCCAGAGCUCCUCAGCAAGCAAUCUGAACCAGUCUAGACUCUGUGAAGUGCGGCGAGGUUUAUCAGAAGGCCGCCAGCUGACCGUGGUGGAGACCCCCCGCUGGUACUGGAGUGGUCAGAACCUCGAGUCCAGCGUUCAAAGGGAAUCCGAGAGGGCCCUCAGCCUAGCUGCUCCAGGCCCACAUGCCUUCCUCAUCCUGGUGCCCGUGGGCCAGUUUACCGAGAUGGAGAUGCACAUGCCUGCACAGCUGGAGCGGGUGUUUGGGACGGGGGUACUGGACCACACCCUGGUGCUGCUCACAUGUGGAGAUUACCUGAUGGGUCGUGAUGAGGAAAAGUACAUGAGGCAGGAUGAGCCGCAGCUAAAGGCUAUGGUGGACAGCUGUGGAGGACGCUGGCAUGUCAUUAAUAAUCGCCAGCCUCAGAAGAGACAGCAGGUCGCGUCUCUGCUGGAGAAGGUGGAGCAGCUGGCGCACAACAGGGGUGGCUGUUACCUGCAGAGUGCUCUGCAGAGAGAGGUGGAGGCACGUGUCCGGGAGAAGGAGCGAGAGUUCCAGAGGAGAUACAGCUUCCGAGGGGAAAAGAGUGUGGAGAAGACUCAAAGCCCACUGGCCCAGUUGGCACAGAACAAAGCCAGGACUGAGAUACUUCAAAGCAGGAGUGGAGAAAAUACGGAAGAGAGGGUGACAUCUCAGAAGAUGAGCAAUGGCCUUCAUACACAGCCGCCACCAGCACCAAUUCAACAGGACACUCGAUCUGGACAGAAGAGUUCCAGUUUCAAACUGAGUAAAGAGGGAGCCAUCCUCAGUCAGAUGUCACAAGAGACAAACGUCAAAGUAAACCAGAACAACCUGAACUUCAUAAACACCAUCCAUCAUCGCAUCACCUCACCUGGUGACCCCAGCUCCACUUUAAUCUCUGCCUCAUCACCAUCCACCUUCUCAUCCAACGGUCACUCCUCUUCUUCAGAGCUGAGACUGGUCCUGCUGGGUCACAGCCGGUCCGGAAAGAGCACUGCUGGGAAUGCCAUACUGGGUCGUGAGGAGUUUAAAGUGCGAGGGAACGUCACUGAGGCCACCACAAAACAAUGUGUUAAAGGAACAGCUGUAUUCACCGAUAAACAAGUCACAGUGGUGGACACUCCAGACUGGUUCUGGUCCUCCUGUUCUCCAGAGGAGCUGCAGGCCAAUCUGUCCUCCUGCACAGUCCUGUGCAGCCCAGGCCCUCAUGCUUUCCUGCUGUGUGUGCCAGUCACAUAUCCUGGUCACCACAUCCUGCGGGGCCUGAGUGCUGUAGAGGCUGUGUUUGGCCCUGACGCCAUCCAGAAAAAUACCUUGGUCCUCUUCACUCACUCUGACCUGCUGAGCAAAGUAACGGUGGAGGAAUACAUUGUGGAAAAGCGUCCUGAAAUGCUGGAGCUGGUGGAGAAGUGCGGGGACAGGUACCACGUGCUGGAACGAGGGAAGAUGGGAGGAAAAGAGCAAGGUAAUGCGAUGCAGCUUCUGGAGAAGGUGGAGCAGUUGGUGAAGGAGAGCGGAGGGAGUUGCUACGACCUCCAGCAGAAACAGAGGACAAAUCCAUUGCUGAAAGAAGGUGGAGAAGAUGGAGGACAUGCGGAUGAGGUAGAUCGAUCCAUCUCGACCACUCUCCAUUCGCUCAAGGAGGUAGAGGAGGAUGAGGUAGAGGUAAAUAAAGGUGUGAAGCCGCAGGAAUCCGUGCCCUCGGCCUCAGCCUCGUCCUCUCGGCUUGGCUCUGUGCUCAGUUUUCUUGGAGGGAAGGUGGCAGCUGGUGCCAAACGUGUACCAAAGCUGACAGCAGGAGGAGCUCUGCUAGGAGGAGCAAUGGGACUGUUUUUUGGAGGACCAGCGGGAGGCGCUGUAGGCGCUGCGGCAGGAUCAGUAGCCGCAGAGGUUGGGAGGAGAAAAUACAGCAAAAGCAAAAUGGAAUGAUGAUUAGUUGAUUAAUCACUAUUCGCUAUUCAUACUGGAAAUUUAGAAGCAUUAUAUGAAUCAUUGAUACAGGGAACAUGAUUGAUCUAUCUAUGCUCCGCCCACUAACAAUGCUGUCUAAUCCCCCUCCAACCUGAAUAGAAUGUGUCAAUUUAGUAUGUGUUACUACUGACAAAUUAUAUUUAUUUAUUUUGUGUAUAUAAAUAAAUAAACAGGGUGUAAUUGUUAUUUUUUAUUAUUCAUGUACACUA